AUGCCUCAAUACAAAGAGGGACAAAAUGUUCGCUAUAAGCCCGUGGGAGGCCCCGAUUCUAAUACACCCGAAAGCACUGGUUGCAUUAUGUCCGUCCUGACAGAACCAGGAACUCAGGCGGGACGUAAUGUCGAUGCAAGCGAGUCUCGCCCUCGUUAUGAGAUUGAAAACCAAAACACCGGAAAGACCACCACCAUUUAUGAGGAAAACAUCUUGGGCACUGUUUGA